AUGGUCCCCCUGUGGUUGACCGCGCUGGCCGUGGCGGCGCUGGCAGUGCUCGCCCUGCGCCGCCGCCGCCGACUGCCCGCCGACGGCCGCGUCGUCUACAUCAUCGGUGCCGACACGGGCUUCGGCUUCUCGAGCGCGCAGCACCUGCAGCGCGCCGGCUGCCGCGUGCUGGCCGGCUGUCUGCACGCGGACGGCGAGGGGGCGCGGCUGCUGGGCCAGGCCGGCUGCCAGGUGAUCCCUGUGGACGUGCGCGACCCCGACUCUGUGACGGCGGCGGCCGCCGAGGCGGCGCGGCUCGCCGGCGACGCCCGGCUCUGGGCGGUCAUCUACAACGCCGGCGUGCUGGUGCUGGGCCACGUGGCCUGGCUGACGGAGCACCAGGCGCGACACAUGUUCGACGUGAACGUGCUGGGCGCGGAGGUGGCCGUGUACGCGGCCUCCAAGGCGGCGCUGGCCGCGCUGGCCGCCGGCCUGCAGAUGGAGGUGCGCGCCAGCGGCCUGCACGUGGCCCUGGUCACGCCCGGCGACAUGGCCACCGCCACCAACAUCCUGGGCGGCCAGGCGGAGCACGUCCAGCUGAUGUGGCAGCACAUGGACGCCGACACACGCCGCCGGGACGGCGCCGUGUUCGCCGCGUUCCGCGCGCGUUUGGCCGGCCUGGGCCCGCGGCCGCCGGCCGUGCUGGGCACGCCGCGUCUACGGCGCGCCGUGCUGCGUGCCGUGCUGGACGUGUGGCCGCUGCGGCACUACACGGCCGUGGAGUUGGGCACGCAGCUGUGGCUGGCGCUGAGCUGGCUGCUGCCGCGGCGACUGCAGGAGUGGCUGGUGGACGCCCGACUGCACUACGCCCUGCACCGGCUUGACUGGGACUGGCUCGACCUCAACAACCUCAUCUAG